AAUGUGGUUGUGUAACGUAUAAUGAUGAAGACCACCAAAACGUGACGGAAUGAGCAAUGUCAAAGUCGUCAUUGUCGAAACGUCAAUGGCGGUUGUCGUUAUUUUUGUAAAUAAAUAGGUUAUGUGCUUGUUGCAGUUGUACGAGUACUUAUGUUGCCUACAAAGGGGUAUUUUCAGGACAUAGAAUGCCCUUAUUACAACAGUUCGUGCGGCAGACCAUACUGCCACUUUAGACAUAGAAAAAAGGAAGAAAAAGAACACGCACAAGACGUACCUACAUACAAACCGACCCCUAAAAGUGAGCUUGCAAAUAUUCAAAGUAAUAGAAGCCAUAUACCUAUAAGUUAUGUGCCGGACUUAGCGUUUAGGCCGGAUAAAAAGUUACGUCCUACAACAAAAAUCGAUACCUACAAUCCAACCUACAAACCUACACCUUUAAGUAUUCUUUCUAGUGUUAAAACAAACAAAUCCCUAAGUGAAGAAAGCAAAGAGCGCAUAGAAGUUAUAAACGAGAUUAAACAGAAUAUAGCUAAUGUCGAAUAUGAUCCUACGGUUGCUCUUAACCCUGGAGGUGCAGUGGAUUUCGAUGAUUUAACUAGUGAGUUCGAUUUAAUAGCUGAUAUAAUUCAAUCUGAUGGGAAUGUGUGUCCAGAAAAACUUGAUACAGAUUUAAAAACAGAAUCAAAUGAUCUGAUCGAUAACACCCAAAAAAAUGAAGAUUCGAUUGAUACUUCGAAAGAUAAAAUAAAUAAACAAAUAGGAACUCAGGAAGACUACUCGAAAACUGACAAGACUGAAAAAAGCAGUAAACUAGAGCAGUUAGAUGUUAAAAAGGAUGAGAAAGGUACGUCUCUUACUGAAAAACAUAAAAAUGAUAUCAUUAACAAAACUAAUGUAGAUAGCAAAAAUUCUAGUCAACACAAAAAGCAUAAAAAGGAUAAACGUAAUAGUAGUUCUAGUGACGAGAAACGCAAAGACAAAACCAAGAGUAGUGACAAAAAUAAAGAAAAAGAUUCUAAUUCAACCAAAAAAGAUAAAGAUGGACACUCUGAAGUGCCUAAUAAAUCAAAAAAGGAAUCGAAAAAUAAUCAUUCAUCUUCCAAGGAUAAACACAAAGAAAAAGAAAUCGAUAAAUACAAAAAUAAAGAAAAAAGUAGAUCUGAGAGUUCUAGGUCGAAAGAAGAAAAAAGGAACUCUGAUAAGAAGCAUGAUAAAGUGGAUUAUAAAAAGAAUAAAGAAAAAGAAAAAAACAGUAAAAAAAGAAGUCGUAGUAAGAGCAGAGAGAGAAAAAGUAGUAGUAACAAAGAACAAACAAACAAACGUAAAGAACGCAGCAGAAGUAGAAGUAAAGAUAAAAAAAGCAAGAAGGCUAAAAGAAGUCGUAGUAGAAGCAAAGAAAGAAGACACAGUAAAGAUGAAGAUAAAAGGAGGAAACAUGGCAGUAGUAGAGAUAGGAAGAAUCAAGAGAAAGAAAAAUCUAAACACAAUAAAUCUGAAGAACACAAAAAUAAGCAUAGCAAUAAAAUAGAUACUACUCAUGUAGAUGAUGGUAGUCUAUCAGAAGGCAAUAUACUAGAAUCUGAUUCAGAUAUUGAAAUGGAUAGAAAUGAAACCUUAUUAGAAUGUUACAAAAUAUUCAAUGAGUAUAAACCAGAGGAAACUGUUAUUGAAUUUGAUGUUCCUCAAAAGACUCAAUCUUCAACGGACAUCGAAAUUCCCACUGAAUACCAUCAUGGUAAGAAAAGAAUUGCACAUGCAAGUUUUGAAACAUUAUUUGGACCUUCGAAGCCUCCUGUGAUUACAGCCAAACCUAAAACUGUUCAAACUCCAGGUCAAACGUUAGCAAAUAGGUAUAAACUCGCCAAACAAGCACAAGCCAACAGGGAACAAGAGUUACUGAUAAACGAAGUUCAACAAACUGUAGUAACUAAAAGACCAGCGCCUUCUUUACUUGAAGCAGCUAGAGAAAGAAAGAAAAUCAAGGAAAUGGAACGACCUAAAAGUAUUAACUUAGUAGAUGAUAUUUUAAAAGGUUCUAAAACUUUAACGUAUGGUUCUACACUUCCAAAACUUCCUCCUAAGAAAAUAACUCCAGUUCAUAACGCCAUGGCAAUAACGAAGGCUAAAGAGAAGAUAUCUCUGAUUAAACCUGUUACUCCAUUGAAGACAGUUGCACAAACACAGAAGGGUAGUAGAGUUGCACAUGUACCUGAUAUCUCUUUAUCCGAUAUCCCAGACGUUCUCCAAGCAGAAAGUUCCAAGCUCCCAGUCAACGUGAGAUCAAGGUAUUUAACUAUGAUAGCUGACGAAUGUGUAAAAAUGUAUAUUUCUAAAGAAGAAGCUUAUUCUAGAGCUCUAAAGGAAGAAUUUAACUGUUACGAAAAAUGUAAAGUAAUAACGACAUAUAGGAACUCCGCAAUGCUAGCUGUAAACCGUCUUAGGAAGGAAGGUCAAGAGAGGAACAAAAAUGGGCUAGGUCUUUAUGGUUUAGGGGAAGAUUCUGAAGGAGGCUCUACAGGACCAAAACUUUGUCAAUUCUACAAUCAGAUUAAAAAAUGGACAUUGACAGAUGAAGAGUUAGACAUCCAUGGCUACCCAAGACAGACUAGUGAAUAUGGAGUAGCCGAAGUUAGGAACUUUAAAAGCAAAUAUCCUGCAAAUCUGGAUGAAAAUCAAAGAAUAUGUUCCAGAUGUAAAAAACUAUAUCAGGUUGAUGAUGACGGUUGGCCACUUUUUGAAGAGGAAUGCUGUUACCAUCCACUGAAGAAGCGUACAAUUCGUGGUGAGCAGACUUACCUUUGCUGUAGGAGUUCUGACGAAACAGGCUGUGCAACUUCUGAUACUCAUGUUUGUGAUGGGUUCGAUUCGGGUCGUUUAGAGGGAUUCCAAACUACUAUGGAUUCUGAUAACAAAGAUGAUCCUCGUAGUCAUGCUGUGUAUGCUCUUGAUUGUGAAAUGUGUUAUACUACCAAAGGUUUAGAACUAACUAGAGUGACAAUAGUUGAUAUUGAUUGUAAGACAGUGUACGAAUCCCUAGUGAAACCUUUAAAUCCAAUUAUAGACUAUAAUACUCGAUUUUCUGGUAUUACAAAAGAGCAGAUGGAUAAAACAAGUACUAGUAUCCUCCAGGUACAGGCCAAUAUACUGCAUCUUUGUAACUCUAUGACAAUAUUGGUAGGGCAUAGUUUAGAAUCUGAUAUGAAAGCUCUUAAAAUUGUGCAUGGAAUGAUAGUUGAUACGUCAGUAUUGUUCCCACAUAAAAUGGGCCUACCACAUAAGAGAGCCUUGAAAGUUUUAGCUAGUGAGCAUCUAAGGAAGAUAAUACAGAAUGACGUAAGUGGUCAUGACAGUGCUGAAGAUGCUAUUACAUGCAUGGAAUUACUGAAGUGGAAGAUAAAAGAAGAAUCAAAGUUAAAACAUUGACUAUUAGUUUUUUAUAUAUUUUUCUGUUAAUAAAAUAGGCAAAUAAUUUAUUUAUACUCCAACAAUUUUAAGGUUAACUAUGUUUUUUACAAGAUUCAUUAGCUAUUCUAUUUAUAUAUAAUUGUAUAUAUAAAUUAUUGUUUAUACUUUAGUAUAGUUUUGAGAAACCCCUAAACGAAACACUAAAUUAGAACAUAAUAAACAUUUUGUAUUAAA